GAAGGAGGGCACUCGACCCCCUUCUUGCUGUUACAUCAGUUCUCACCGGGGAUUCCACCCUCGCAGUUCAUGUUUCAUUGCUUUGAUUUGAUGGCGUUGAUGAGAAAAGGGUUGGCUAAGAAAACAAGUGGUGAAAAGUAGGCAAACCUUUGUUCUAGUGACACAUCCCCAUAGAAGAAUUAGGUGUGGCCAGACCCCGUGGGGGACAUUCAGCCUCCCUCAUAAGUAAUCCAAAUCCAAGGAAUAGGGUGAUCCUUUGUCACCCAUCAGCAGAAUGGGUGGUUGGUGGAGUGUGCACAGGUGGGUCUUUGUGGAAGGCCAAUUGCUGGCAGUACCAGCAUCUAAGAUGUGCUUGCCAUGUGACCCAGGCAUCCUCUUCAGCACGUGUUCAGACAGCCAGUGUUAGGGGUGAUAUCGUUUCUAGUAGCAGAAAAUGGGAAGCAGCUCGUCACUCUCCACCAGUAGAGGGAUGGUUAGGUAAAUGAUGGGACAGCAAGCAGCAGGAUACCAUGCAGGCAUUAAAAAGUAAGGUGUAUGCAGAUGCACAGAGAGUACGUGCUUGAUGUGCCAUCAAAUGGAAAGGCCGUGCCUGACCCUAUGGAGACGUGUGGGGAACGUCUUACACUCAUGUGUUAGUUUGCCAAGAUGGCCAUAACAAAGGGCCACAGACUGGGUGGCUUACACAACAGACACUGGUUGUCUCCCAGUUCUGGAGGCCGGAAGUCUGAAAUCAAGGUAUCGGCGGGGUCGGCUGGUUUGUUCUGUGGGCCGAGAGAGAGAAUCUGUUCCUUCCCUCUCUCCUAGCUGUGGUGGUUGGCUGGCAAUCUUUGGCGUUGCUUGGCUUGUAGAACUGUCACCCUGACCUCUGCCUUCAUCCUCUCGUGGUGCUCUCCACGUGUGCAUCACUGUCUCUAAUUGCCCCCUGUGUAUAAGGACACCAGGCAUUUUGGAUGUGGGCCCACCCUAAUGACGUCAUUUUUCCUUGAUUACCUCUGUAAAGACCCUGUUUAUGAAAGGCCACAUUCUGAGGUGCUGGGGGUUAGGACUUCAACACAGGGGUUUCAAAGGGACACAGUGUAGCCCACGAUAACCUGCAGGGCUAGGGAGCUGAGCAUACUGGCGGCAGGGGCGGGGCCGGGGGAAGGAAAGAGGCAGAGCCCAGGACUAUCCCUCCGUGCAGGAAGCCAGCUAAAGCCAGGCAGACUCUCGAUAGGCCAAGGGGGCCCUCCCUCCUUGUGUUGCCCCAGGGCUCAGUGACCUCUGUCACAGCACCGACCACACUCUGUCCUUUGUGUGUCUUUCUCUAGCCGCCCCCGCCCUACUCGGUGAGCUCCCCAAAGACUUCCUGGGUUGGUCCUGAGUCCUGUGAAUCCCAGCCCCUUCCAUUGGGCCUACCGUGGCGCAGGACGUCAGUGACUGCGUGGUGACAGAAGCAGCGGGCUAUGGAGGCCACAUGGCACACGGGGAGCUCUCGGAAGAUGAAAUUUGGCUGCCUUUCCUUCCGGCAGCCUUAUGCAGGCUUUGUCCUAAACGGGGUCAAGACCGUGGAGACACGCUGGCGUCCCUUGCUGAGCAGCCACCGGAACUGUACCCUUGCCAUCCACAUUGCUCACAGAGACUGGGAAGAUGACGCCUGGCGGGAGCUGCUGCGGGAGAGGCUGGGGAUGACUCCUGUUCAGAUUCGGGCCUUGCUUCGGGAAGGGGAAAAAUUCGGUCGGGGAGUGGUAGCUGGGCUCAUUGACAUUGGGGAAACUUUGCAGUGCCCCGAACACUUAGCUCCUGAUGCGGUUGUGGAACUGGAAAAUCAAGCUGUGCUGACCAACCUGAAGCAGAAGUACCUGACUGUGAUUUCAAACGCCAGGUGGUUACUGGAGCCCAUACCUAGGAAAGGAGGAAAGGAUGUAUUCGAGGUAGACAUCCCAGAGCACCUGAUCCCUUUAGGGCAUGAGGUGUGAAGAGUGUGGGCUCCCGAGCAACGUUGCUGAGAAACCAGCUAAUCCAUGACACCACCAUGGAGCAGGCCUGUGUACAUCAGGUUAAGUUCGAAUUGUCCCUGCAUUGGAGAGUGCCACCCACUACAUACUGUUCAUGUAAAUGUAAACAGAUUUCUCCUUCACUGGGACAGAGGGAAUGGGGAUGGGGCUCUCCUUGUGUGAGGCCCCUUGGGGGUCAUUGACACGGUCUCAAGUACUUUGACCUGUGGGUAAAAGGAAAAGCUGCCGGGGAACGUCUCAGCGUUGCUGCUAACUUUGGUCCUGCUCGUUCCUGGAUUGUACCAAUAAAUGUGUUGUGGACAACCA